GAGGGUUAGAUGAAGCAAUUUUGAAGGCCCGAAGCAACUCCCUAAAAAAACUCCCGCUGCCUGUUUGGAUGGCCGCACGUUUGCUAAAAACCCUUUCUUUAGAACUCUCUCUACGCACGCCGACCGACCACCCCUGCGACUUCAUCUCUGCGCUAUCUUCGGCAUGCCUUAGCAUUGGACUUCUUCAUUUUUUUAAGCAUCUCUGCCGUUAGAAUCCGGAUUCGCGCCGUUCGUUUUUGGAUUCACAGGCUUGGGUUCGCAGAUUCUCCGGCUCUUCUUGGACUGGACGGUUCUCAAAUCCGUCUCCACCCUGACCAGUUUAUCACCAGUGUGCAAUUCGACCGUCCGGAAAUCCUUCUUCCAAGUCCAAAAACCCAUAUACCCAAUACUCCAAAGCAAAGGACAGCAGGCCUGAAACUUCAUGCGCUCAUCAGAAAUUUAAUCGGACAAUCGCUACAGGCGUACAAUGCUACUCUACGUCUCUGCCUCCAUUCUAUUUCUCUAGCCGGCUAGCCGCUACUCGACACCCGACAGCCUCCUCUCUCGAAUUGAAGGUGUUACAUGGUGACUGAAGAAAUUACAAAAAGAGGGGCAAAUGUGGAAAAAUCAGCAGAAUAACUGUUUAUAGCUAUACAGACGGUCAGAAUAAUAUCGGCAGAGAGCCAAGACCGCCAUUGGCGAUUAUUUGGUUAUAUUAGUUGAAAAUACGCACACCAUAGGAAAGAACGUCUGAGAGAAUGGAGAGAUUGUGUGACAUGUGUGGAAAUAUGGGGUUAAAGGAUGGCGAUGAUGGAUUCUUUUAUUGCACCCUCUGUGGCUGUCGUGCAGAUGAUGUCAUGGAUACUGCUGUUGAAGAAGCUGACACCGGUUUCGAGGGUGGGAUCUAUUCUGCGUCUCAGACACGGGCUCGUCCUAGACAAGUGGCAAGUCAGCCACCAUCUCAAUUCAUGGAUUCACAGUGCCAAUAUCUAGAGAAUGAUUGUGUGGUCAAUGGUGUUGUCCCUACUGACCCUAUAAAUGACACUGGUUCCUUGCCCGAUACUUUCACUUCUCCAGACUUCUAUUAUUCAAAUAUCAGGCUGAAGUAUAUUAUGGGCGUUCAAAUCAUGAUCCAGUUGCAGUGUAAGGCUUUGGUGGAGAAAUUUAACGUCAGCCCUUUAAUUAUUGGACUCAUUAGACCUAUUUGGCUGAGAUAUGUUGCUCAUGAAAGGAUAAUGGCUGAUGAUUGGGGAGACAAUGUUAUUAAUGAAUCAGAAUCCCAACCUGGGGAACUUGGCGAGUUCAAGAUUCAUGUUAGGCGCAAAGGAGAACCUCACAACCUUCUUGGUAAACGGUUAAUACCAUUGUGGUAUGAAUCUCUGAGAAGUAAGAUCCCAUUAUCUAGUUCUCUGGCCAUAUCAUAUCUUGUUUGUCAUUUAGCCAGGGAGGCAAUCCUGCCAACGGACAUUGUGAAUUGGGUUCUUGAAGGAAAACUUCCAUAUUUGGCUGCUUUUGUUGAAAUUGAGAAGCAACUUGGACCUCCGUCAAGGGAAUGUCCAUUAAGUUCUAGUCGUAUGUUCCGACCUAUUGAGGUUAUCUCCACACACAAGCUAGAGUCAUUUGCUGCUUCAAUUGCCCGGAGAAUAGGUUUAGAACUACCACCUGUGAAUUUCUAUGCUCUAGCUUCCCGUUAUCUGAUAGAGUUAUCUCUUCCAGUUGAAUGUAUUCUUCCUCAUGCAUGCCGUGUACAUGAGUGGUCUAUGCCUCCACAGCUUUACUUGUCGGACAAUGAAUGCAGCCUUCCAUCCCGCGUUUAUGUUAUGUCAAUAAUUAUCGUAACAAUGAGGAUUAUAUAUGACAUAAAUGGGGGGAAAUGGGAAAUGAUGUUAUCUGGACCCGAUGAUCAAUCUAUGGAUGAAAAGAGUGAUUUAGCUGAGGAGGAAGUCAAUUUUGAUGGUUCCAAACUGCUUCAGAUUCUUGAAACAAAAUAUUCGGAGCACAAGCAUAUUCAUGAUUAUGCACUAGAUCUGCCUACAUAUCUUCAACACUGUAAAGAUGUGGUUUUUGCUGGAUUAAAUUCGUCAUUGGAGGACCAUGAAGAAGAAAGUCUGAUAGAUGAACUAUGGGACCUCUAUGAAACGAGUAAGGAUGCUGAACCAUCAGAUGACCAUAAAAAGAGUGAGGAAAUCAGGGAGAGUGGAGGCGAUUUCAGCACAAUGGGUAAUUGUUCAAAGUGUCCAUUGGAUGAUUCUGAAUCACCAGUACAUGCAAGUUCUAUGAACUCAUAUAAGGAUUGGGCGGUACGGCAAAUGAAAUCAAAUAUGGAGGAAAAUCGGUUUUCUUAUCUUCCACCCAUUAAAUCCACCUUGAAGAACCAUGGUUACAUUCGAUAUGCUAGAAGGAAAGAUGGUGCCUUGAUAUAUGCUGUUCAUGCUGAUUAUUAUAUCAUACUUCGCUCAUGUGCACAAAUUGCACAAAUUGAUAUGAGGACCUUGCAUAUGGGUGUUUUGACCUUUCAGAGGUGGCUGGAACAGAUGGAAAAGAAAAUUGAUAUUUGUUUGCGUUGGAACUUCCCAGGGGACUCUUGUGAUUUUUGCUGCGAUUGAGUUUCAAGAUGAAGAUCAACGCUUCAGUCACUGAGUUUUCCAUCUCUUUUCCAUGGCCAUCAAGCAGCUCCUUGCCGGAAUGGAACAUCACGCUACAAUAUCCGCCGGCGCCAGAGAAGAAAUUGGUUACUGGAAUCAAUUAUGUGUACCAGGCAGCUUCUUUGUUCCAAAUCCAUCUCUCAAUUCCUUUGCUAAGUUAAGAAAGCUUCAAUUUUUGCAUAUUCAAGCAAAGCAAACAUUGGUUUUGUGAUUCUUACUAUUUCUAUAUUUUCUAUAUACAUCUUACUAAUAGGACUGCAGUUUGCAUCAUUUUCACCUCUAUAUAUGUGGAUAUUUUUAUUGCCUCUGAAAAUUGGGUGAGAUAAUUUAGUUAUGUGUACUUGAACAACAUAAAGUUAGUUUUCAUAUUCAGGCUGGAAUCAAUGCUUUGUACCAGGCAGCUUCUUUGUUUUCAAAUUCAGUUCUCGAUUCCUUUGCUAAGUUAAGGAAGCUUCAAGUUUUGUUUUUGUAAGCAAAUGAAGUAUUAGUUUUAUGGUAGAUACAGAGAGAAGCACAUUGUGGGGAUAUGUUUAGCAUUUGUGAUUAUUGUAAAAGACAUAAGCAUGCACCAGCGCCAUAUUCAAACGGUUCAUACCCACAUGGAAAACUGACCACGAGACAACAACUUUUGUCCCUAAUAAUGAACACCCAUGACCCCAACAUGUGGCUCUCAUGCCAAAAUGCAACUUUUCUUUCUUCUUUAGCUAUGGUUUGGGUCUUUGGGAACACUAAGAUUAUAAGUAGUGAAAAAUGCAAUUUUUAGUAUAACACACAGGCCUGGACUCGGGCCGGUUCGGGCCCGGUUCGGGCCUGGGCCCGGCCGGGCCUCGGGCCAGGAAAUGGGAGGCCCGGGCCCGAACCGCCGGUGGCCGGUUCCGGUCCCGGUCCCGGGCCAAACCGGGCCGGGCCGAACCGGCCCACUUAAUUUUUUUUUUUUGUUCUCCUAUUUAAUCCCCUACCCCUCCCCCUCAACCCCAAACCACCCCAAACCACCCCAAACUACCUGAAAUGGCCCAAAAUACCUAUUCCAACCCAAAACUUUAAAAAAAUUUCAAAAAAAAAAAAAAUUAAAAUCCGGCCCGGACCGGGCCCGAACCGGCCGGGCCGGUUCACCAUUUGGAAGGCCCGGGCCCGGAACCGGGAACCACCGGGCCGGUUCGACCCGAACCGCCGGUGGACCGGGCCACCGGGCCACCGGGCCGGGCCGGUUGCUACAGUGGCCGGGCCGGGCCGGUUCCGGGUCGGGCCGCCCGGCCCGAGUCCAGGCCUAAUAACACAUUGCAAAUUUUUAGUUGGAGAAAGUGAUCAUAUCUAGUGUUUGCUUGCCUAAAAGUGUUUGUUUG